ACGUCCGCCGCGCUGUGAUUCCCCUCUCUCUUCCAUUCACUCGACCAUGUUUCCGUGUGUCCAGCUCCAGCAGCAGGAUCAGGGGAGUCUGCCGCCAAAUUGCUGCCGCACCACGGAGUAAGCCCCCCAAGGGACACGGCAAAUGGACCUGGACACCGACGGAGACUCCGGUGUCGGCAUCGGCACCGGCAGCAACGGCAACGGCAAUGCCAAUGCUCACGCCAACGCCAUGGUGAAUGGGAUCCAUCACCCCGGCGCUCGCCGCCAUUCCCACUCACACCACAAUGGGGGAGGAGGAGGAGGAGGUCUUGGUAAUCAAAGUCACGGCAAUGGAAACAAACACGGCAAUGGCAAUGGAAAUACAUCGUCAAGCGGCAACGGAACAGGGAACGGCCGUCAUGGCAGCACCAGCAGCGGCAGUAUUCACGUCCACCACGAGAACGGCAACGGCAAUGGAAAUGGAAAUCACAACCAACACCAGCAGCAGCUGGCAUCCCCGCCGCUCACACAUCCGUCGAAUCCGACCCCUCUGACGGAGAGCGGGAGACGUCGUCGGAACCGCGACAAGGAGCGCGUCCGCGUCACCCGCGCCUGCGACAGGUGCAAGAAGCGCAAGAUACGCUGCACAGGCAUCCAGCCCUGCGAGUUGUGCAUCCGCACCGAGUCCCACUGCACUUACAACGCGUCUUAUGCACGGGGUCGUCAGCCGCCGGUGGCCACUCGGGAGGAUGUCGCCCGAAUGGACCUCGAUGGCCUUGACGUCUCUGUCUCGGACCAUCCCAACGCUGCUGGUGGUGGUGAAGAUGCAUUGAUGGGCUCCUCCAUCGUCGUGGACGUCUCUGACCCCGGUGAUACUGACCAUCAAGACGAGACCAUCAUGAACGGCACAAGUCUGGCCGUCGUUGGCAGCGUCGGCCCCGGGACUGCUGAGCCUCCCUCUCGGGCCUCUCCUGAGCCAACCCAGACGGAUCUCCAAGGCCAUUAUGUCGGUCCCUCGUCUGGUGUUUCCUUCCUGUUGAGAGUCCAGAAGCGCCUUCACCAAGCCGUCUCCUUCUCACAAGCCUCCUCCAUCUUUACCUUUGGCGAUGCGCCGCUCCCCGACUUUGACCCCAGCGGCGCCUUCUGCGUCCUGCUGUCCAAGGAAGAGGCCACGACGCUCUUGAAGAGAUACUUUGAGUUCGCCGUGCCAACCCAUCGCUUCCUGCAUCGCCCCACCGUGGAAGGCUGGCUGGAAGAGUUCUACGACACCAUGGGUGCCAUGAAGAGCCAGGAGGACGCGCCGGCCCGGAGAGCCUUGCUAUUUAUGGUGUUUGCUCAGGCGCAGGAGUACAUGGGCACCACACAUUCGCGUGAGAACGCAGACGCAAGCGCUCGAUACUUCUUGGCUGCAGAUCACCAGCUUUCCAAGGAGAGAGGCGCCGUACGCCUGACCAGCGUCCAGGCCCGGCUAUGCCAGUGCUUCUGGCUACUGUCACAGUCUCGCAUUAACCACUGUUGGAGCUUGUUUGGCACUGCAGGACACCUUGCUCUCGCCAUUGGUCUGAACAGGAAUAGGCAUGCGGACCCGGCAGGGGGAUACAACUACAUUGAGCUCGAAUGUCGCCGUCGCACGUUUUGGUGCGCGUACAGUCUCGAUAACUAUCUCAGUGCCGCACUUGGACGUCCACGAACAUUUCAUGAUGAGGACAUUGAUCAGGAACUCCCAUCGUGUUCAGAAGACGCGGAUCUCCAUGCAGACCACAUCACGCCCCGUAUGGGACGGGGCCAGUCACUCAUGCUGGCUCCGGUGGCUCAUGUCAAGCUCUCCCGGAUAGUGAGCAUGAUCUUACGGGAUCUUUACUCCAUACGGCCCUCAUCGUUCUCAAAUAGAUGUGCUCUGGCGGCUAAGUACUCUCAAAAUCUGAAGCACUGGAGGGCCGAAAUGUCGCAGUUCUUGGAUGACGGCGUCAACACGGCAUUGCUCAUCCCCAUCUUCCAGCGGCAACGCAACGUGUUGAAUCUGGCGUACUGGCAUGCCAUGAUUCUCACACAUAGACCCUUCCUUCUGAGUAAUUUUGCGCGAUUGCAACGAAACGGCAAAAGCCGUCGGAAAAGCAUACCUCACAAGGACCAAACGGAAGAAAGCGUAAACGCCUGUUUGGACGCUGCCAUGCAUGUUGUCGACACCGUCAAUGAUCUUAUACAGGCAGGGCAACUAUUCCGUGCUUUCUGGUUCACUUCCUAUUUCGCCUUCUCAGCCGUGGUUAUUCUCUAUGUAUACACCAUCCAGCAACGGACGGCCCCAACAGAGGCAUGGCAGGCCUACUUUAACGCGGCGUGUCGCUGCCAGACGCAGCUGGCCUCGCUCGCCGACCACGAGUCAACGCUGGCGGCGCGAUACUGUCUCGUCCUCGAAGAGCUGAGAACCGAGGCGCUCCGACAGACCGAGCGGCACCAGAGCCCGGCCAUAACCCAUCAGGCCGGACAGAAUGGUGGUCAGAUCCCCCGUGCCGCUCUCAUUGCGGCUGGAAACGAAGAUAUACAGCCGCAGCAUGAGCAGCAUCACUUGGCAAACCUCAACUUCCCUGAUGUAGGACACGCAGAUGAGUUUGUUGGGUUUGAUGCGAGCCCAAGUAGCUCUCUGGCUGACAUGACGAGUUGGGGCCAAUUUGACUCUAUGGUCACUUCUGGAUUUGGAGGGCUCGAGGCUUUACUCAAUGAUGACUCUCUACGAUUUUAAUGACUAUUGCGACUAGUUUGCUCAAGUUUGGAUCCGGGCCAGUAGGCCAGCCUUCUUUAUUUGCAUCAUGCAAUCCCUGCGGCGUCUAGGAAUGCACGGAGUUCACACUUGUCUCCCCCACUGCCAUAGUACUCUGUAGUUUAACCUGAAGAACUGCGAUCGAAGUCCCAGAAUCGUUGAUGUCUUUUCUGUUCAUGAC